AGACAUAUACUACAUGCGAAUUGAAUACAAAGAUAUUAUUUUCUUUACCUAAAGAAUGGCAUAGUAGUAUAGUGGAUUUAUUACCAAAAUGUGAUAAGGCCGAAACCGCCCACAUUUGGUCUUCCUUGUAUUCUCACGAGCUUUUGUUGAAAAAGAUCAAAGAGAAAGAAAUGCGUGAAACCCCUAAACUUAUGAACCUCUUCAAAGCUUCAAAAAACUCAGCAAGUGAAGAGUCAAGCGAGUCGAGUGAUGAUUCAAGUGACUCAAGCUCUUCGGAAGAGUCAAAUGAUGAAGAAGAUGAAGAAAAAGCAAUGAGAAUGAAGUAUAUGGAUUUUCCUCAAAUGGAUAAAUGGGUAGAUGAUAAUGUCCUGAAUCACAUCUACAAUGAAUCUCAUGCUAGAACUUUGUGGGACAAGCUUGAAUCUUUGUAUACAUCAAAAACAGGGAAUGACAAGUUGUACUUGCUUAGGCAAGCUAUGAAUCUGAGAUUCAAGGAAGGUUCUUCUAUUUCUGACCACUUGAAUGAAUUUCAAGGGUGUUUUGAUCAGUUGUCAGACAUGGGCGUAAAGUUUGAGGAUGAGAAUUUGGGGCUUUGGUUGCUGAAUACUUUGCCUGAUUCUUGGGAAAAUCUUCGUGUGUCUUUGAUUAGUUCUGCUCCCGGUGGUACAGUAACUAUGGAGUAUGUCAAAGCUGCCGUUCUGAAUGAAGAAGGGAGAAGCAAAGACAAAGAUCAUGGAGAAUUCAAAAGGGGCAAGAGCAGGAGCAAGUCGAGAUCAAAAUACAAAAAUGUUGAGUGCCAUUAUUGUCAUAAAAAGGGGCACUUGAUGAAAAACUGCUUCAAGCUGAAGAACAAAGACAAGAAUAAGCCAGAAGGGAAAGAUGGUGAAAAUGAUCGCCAUGUUGCAACCACGACGUCAGGUGAUCUGAUAGUUGUUUCUGAUAACGACUUGAUUAAUGUUGCCUCUGAUGAAUCAAGUAGGGUUAUCGAUAGUGGUUCCGCUUUCCAUGUGACGUUAAGGAAAGAUUUCUUCACAUCUUAUACUCCAGGUGAUUAUGGGGUAUUAAAGAUGGGUAAUGAUGGUCGUUCACAGGUUGUUGGCAUUGGAGUUGUGGUCCUGGAAACCAAAACUGGGAUGAAGUUAGUGUUGAAGAAUGUCCGACAUGCACCAGAUAUUCGCUUGAAUCUGAUAUCUACUAGUGUCUUGGAUAAUGAAGGUUAUAUGAGUACCUUUGGUGAUGGGCAAUGCAAACUCACUAAGGGUUCUCUUAUUGUGACUCGUGGGAAGAAGUGUUCAGGUUUAUACUGGACCAAUGCUUCAGUCUUUGUUGAUUUUAUCAAUGCAGUUGAGAGUGAUAGUUGUUCAGAAUUAUGGCAUAGAAGUCUCAGUCACAUCAGUGAGAAGGGACUUGAUUGUUUAGCCAAGAAGAAUGUUCUGUCAGGAGUGAAGGAUGCAAAUUUAAAAAGACUUUAUGAUCCUGUUGAGAAGAAGCUUGUCAGAAGUCGUGAUGUUAUCUUUAUGGAGGAUCAGAAUAUUGAAGAUAUUCAGAAGAUGGAGAAGUCAGAGUCUCAAAGUUAUGAUGAUCUUGUUGAUUUGAAUCCAACUCCCGUGGCUCAUACGCCUAAUGCUACCAAUGGAGAUCAGAAUGAAGAUAACAGUCAUGUUCCACAUGAUUUUGCCGAUGGUAAUGUUGAAGAAGAAUCAAAUGAGGUACAUAAUCAACCUCAUGUUGAUACCAAUUCCCCUACAGUGGCUCUCAGGAGGUCUACAAGGGAAAGAAUUCCCUCUACUCAUUAUUCUACUAAUGAGUAUGUGCUCCUUACUGACGGGGGAGAACCUGAGUGCUAUGAAGAGGCUAUGGAGAACGAGGAUAAGGAUAAAUGGGUUGAAGCAAUGAAUGAUGAAAUGAAAUCAUUGCAUGAGCUUCGCACCAGCUGCUGUUUUUUGGUGAUUUCUUGCACUUUUGUUCCUCUAUUUUGAUUCUAGUGCCUUCGUAGUGUUGUUAAGGGCUAGACAUCAUUGUGGUGCUGUUAUAUUGUGCAUUUGUACUCUCAAUUGGUGGUAGUGGAGUUGGUUGGACCGAAGGGUCUCGUGGUUUUUUACUCUUUCACAUUGAAAGGGUUUUCCAUGUUAAAAUCUCGUGCCUCAUAUCGUUUUAUUUUUCGUGUUUGGAUUAUCUUGUUGCUUGGUGUUCUU